AUACAGCUAGAAAACUAUAAAGUAAGUAAUGAUUUUCCACGGACUGAUAACCAAACCGGAAAUGGGUAAGUAUUGAACGAGUGCACGGACGUAUGAAAUUACUGACGACCCGGUAAGUCAUAUAAAUAACUGGUGACUCGAUACGAAUAUUCUAUACGAAUAAUGAUGAAUCGUUUAUGCACAGCACUGAUGUUAUCGGUUCUAAUUGUGGCUAAUAGUCACCAACAGACGAAUGCCGAUGACACUUAUAUUCCUUUGUCAAAUUCUAGUUGGUUUCUAUCAAGUUUGGCCGAGUGUAAUGGCAAGUUCAGUUUUUUUCGUUGUGUAGUACUGAAGUCAACGGAUAGAGUUGCACGACUAUUGGACAAUAUUGAAGACCUGGAAAUAACCAAAGGCGUUUUUCUUUCCAAAAGUAAAGCUCACUCUAGAUCGUUUGAGAAUGAAAAGAAUAUUACAGUGAUGGAAAAAAUACUUUCAUUCAUCAAUAACCGCAAAUUAAAGAUUGAUUUGAGGGCACCACCAGAUUCUAAAGCUGAAGUCGAAGGUCGCCGGCGACAUUCUUAUCGACGAGUGUUUCCAAUCAUUGUAAGUACUUACAUGAUCAUGUCAGCAAUACUCAUACCGUUAGGAUUCAUGUUUAUGUCUACUCUUGGUGGUAAAGCACUGAUUGUCAGUAAAAUGGCGUUAAUGAUUUCAUUGAUGUCCAAUUUAAAAAAAAUGUUCUCUAAUGACUACUAUGUGCCACCUUCAUCAGCACCAGCUUAUCCUUGGAAGAGAACUCUGCUAUCGCACCGAAAUACAGAUGGACCCAUUCAAUUCUACUCGUAUACCACUUAAUAAUUAGCUAUACUUAAACGAUUAAAAAUGUUAACGGAAUAAGUUAUUAGACAACGAUAAUAUUUUUUUGUAUAUAUAUUAUUAAAUAUUUAUUAUUUUUUUGAACAAUUUGAAUUUCAAUUAGAACAGUU